GGGGCUCCAUGUUUGACGCUGGCUCAAGAGCUAGGUAAAAAAUAAGCGAUUUAUCCCUUAAUGUUGUCUUGAUUGGUAGAGAUAUACAAAUCUCACCCCCGGUCUUCCAUCCUUGCCGAUCACUAAGGGCCUGACCUCCUCCAUGGCUCACCGGUUUUGUGCCCGCAUGAGACCCUCCAUAGUCUAGCCUGGGUGGCGCCCAAAGAUCAAGCGGGAGAUUUCGACUAUGAAGCUGAUCAAACAUCCCAAUGUGGUCCAACUGCAUGAGGUUAUGGCGAGCAGAACGAAGAUAUACAUGGUUCUUGAAUUUGUUGAUGGAGGCGAGCUAUUCGAUAAGAUCGUCAAUUCUGGAAGGAGAGGAUGAAGCUAGGAUAUAUUUUCGUCAACUUAUAAAUGCAGUUGAUUAUUGCCAUAACCGAGGAGUGUACCAUAGAGACCUGAAGUCAGAGAAUUUGCUUCUGGAUUCAAAUGGAGCUCUUAAAGUUUCAGACUUCGGCCUAUGUGCAUUUGCACCACAAACAAAUGUAUGAUCUCUAGUCAGUAGCUAGAAAAACAUGUACUAUC